AUGGCCGACGCUAAUCUUCUUCGCCCCACUAGUAGUACUCGUCCGGAUGAAGAUUCCGAUCACAUUGGCAGUGGGACCUCGACACCUCCCGGUGGAAUCUCAACGCCCAAGCCCACGUUCAUGGACAAGCGGGAGCCAGGCUUGCCGCAUGCCUACUUUGCGCAGGUUUGUCAUUCUCUUCGUGUUCCUUUCACAUCAUCCACCAAUCCUGCNCUGCCCCUCAUCUAUCUCUCCCGCAGCGUCACACAUGGCCCGAGUCUGAACAUGGACCCCUCACAUCCUUCUUCUACUGCCCCUUCAGGCAUCCCUCCACCUACUGCACCCAGCUCGCCCAAGCACUCUUUUGUUAGCAGUCAAACGCCCCCAUUACUCCCGCACGAGCAAGUCGACGCCGGUCUACCUUCAUAUCCCACCCCACCUCUGUCGUCGGCUUCCNNCUCUCUUCAUGGCCCGCAGGUUGAUGAAGAAGGGUCCGCAGACGUACAGACGUCGACCGAGAAAAAUGCCCCGGCAGGACCAGCACGGCUUCGUAGUUCCACACUGCCCUCAAGCACAGUAGACACCGUCGUUUCUAGGCCGCAUGUUUCUGCACACAUCUCUAGCCCUGCUUCUCAACCCACCAAUGUUCCCGAUUCUUUGAAUGCUUCUCUUGCCAUGUCAUCUGAGCUCGAGCCACUGGAUAGCGAGAAUAAAGAGCUAACAGAAGAUACAAAGAGUACUCCUCCUCGCACUCCACGAGCUUUGUCACAUAAUGAGGCAGCCGCAGUGGAUGACGCCUCCGCUCCCACAGCCCCUCAGAUCUCCCGAACUGAGAAGAGCAGUCGAUCCAGCUCCAACCAAUCUAGUGGUCAACCCACUGUCGGUACAACUAAAGGCCAGCUUUCGGUCAAUAUCGUGCAGGGAAGAGGUCUCAAGCCUAGCACUGCCCCUUAUGUCGUCUGCAUUUAUCAACUGAAUGAAGACAUCUCUGGUGGAGCCGAGGAGGAUGCCAUGGAUACCAAGACACAAGAGCAAGAUGCCCACCAGAAUGAAAACCUGGCUAAAGGAGUCGCUAUGAGAAGAAUGGGUAGCGACUCAGGAAAAGCCAUGAGCAUUCCUGGACUCGGCAGCCGCCAAACCAGCCAAACAGAUAUUCCCAAGCUCAACAACGCCGCUUCGGAUCCUCUUGUGACUGAGCCACUAUGGAACCACGAGGCCGUAUUCGACGUCGUCGGCGACCAAUCGGAACUUGAUAUAUCCGUAUACGACAAGAAGAAUCAAGAGGCUUUCAUUGGACAUGUCCGCUUCAGCCCCAACCUCGAGAACUACGACACUCCUCACGAAGCCUGGUACAAGUUGNNGAAGCCUAGAGAGGGCGAGACCGACAAUGUUUCUGGCGAAAUCCAGCUCAGAUUUAGUUUCCAAAAGACCGACAAGAAGACUUACGGACCCGAAGACUUCGAAAUCUUGAGACUCAUCGGUAAGGGUACCUUUGGACAGGUCUUCCAGGUUCGCAAGAAGGAUACACAAAGAAUCUAUGCCAUGAAGGUGCUUUCGAAGAAGGUCAUCAUUCAGAAGAAGGAGAUUGCACACACCAUCGGCGAGCGUAAUAUUCUUGUGCGCACUGCCACAGCCGAGUCACCAUUCAUUGUUGGCCUGAAGUUCUCUUUCCAAACUCCUGCCGAUCUCUACCUGGUCACCGAUUACAUGUCUGGAGGUGAACUUUUCUGGCAUCUUCAAAGAGAGGGGCGCUUCCACGAAGGUCGCGCAAAGUUCUACAUCGCUGAGCUUAUUCUGGCCUUGAGACACCUCCAUCAGCACGACAUUGUCUAUCGCGACCUGAAGCCCGAGAACAUCUUGUUGGAUGCCAACGGUCACAUCGCCCUCUGCGAUUUCGGUCUAUCCAAGGCCAAUCUGUCAAAGGGAGACACAACAAACACUUUCUGCGGUACUACAGAAUACCUCGCUCCUGAGGUUCUCCUGGAUGAGCAAGGUUACACCAAGAUGGUCGAUUUCUGGUCGCUCGGUGUUUUAGUCUUCGAAAUGUGCUGCGGCUGGUCACCAUUCUAUGCCGAGGACACUCAGCAAAUGUACAAGAACAUCGCUUUCGGCAAGGUUCGUUUCCCAAGAGAUGCUCUUUCGACAGAGGGUCGCAACUUUGUAAAGGGAUUGUUGAACCGCAACCCGAACCACCGUCUAGGAGCCAAGGCGGACGCUGAUGAGCUCAUGGCCCAUCCCUUCUUCGCUGACAUCGAUUGGGAUGCUCUUGGUCGCAAAGCGCUUGUCCCACCUUUCAAGCCCAAGCUCAAGGGUGAGUUGGACGUCAGCAACUUCGACCCAGAAUUCACCAAUGCCUUGUCGAGCGGCAACUCAUCAUCUCUCAACGCUCGUGCGGCAGCUCUGGCUAGCGGCGUCAACCCGGCCAGCACACCUCUCAGCCCUACACUGCAGACGGCAUUCAAGGGCUUCACGUUUGUUGACGAGAGCACUCUCGAUAAACAGUUCGGCAACGACACAGCACACUUGCAGCAAGCCCAACAGGAGUCGCAAGAAGACAACAACGAGUUGAGGAAGACUAUGAGCAGGGGUGAGCGCAUGACUGGAGUGUCAUCGACAAACGAACCCCAAGGCAUCUUCAACGACGGCAUGGACGUUUAA